AUAACGCCAGUAUUCGCAGCAGUGUUCACAUACAGAAUAUUAUUGUUAUUAUUGCUGUUUUAUAAAAUGAAUAUUGAAGAUAGUCCAUAUCAUCACAGGAAAUCAAUGAAUCAAUCAUAUCUAGAAUCGAUAAUUGAAAAACACUUUUAUUCUUCAAACUAUAAUCGAAGUGAUAGUCAAGAAAUUGAUAUGCUACUGGAAUCUCCAUCAAAUUCUAGUCAAUUUUCAACAGUACAACGAAAUCAGCAACACUCUACUCCUUUGAUCAGAAUAUCAGAAUAUCAAAAUUCUUAUGAAACGAUAGAAUCACUAACCCAACUGAAUGAUUAUUCUCUAAUGAAUCAAUUAAAUCCAUCUGUCUGCUAUCUGUCGAAUAAUUUAAGUGGCUACACCCAUAUUAGUAAUGAUAAUAAUAACCGUAAUCACCUUACGUAUAUGAGUACUCCAUAUGUUAAGCGUGAAUCUGUCAGUCAACAAAGAAAUGAUGAAGACUUCUUUGAUUAUUCAUCUUUUGAUGCUGGGAAGACAACAGUUACAAUACCAACUUCGAUAACCAACAGAAUCGAAAAUAGACAAUCGCAUAAUUUUCAAUCACAGUUUCAAAACAAUGAACUGGUAAACCAACUCACUGUCAAUUCAUCUGAUCAAAUUUCUCCAUUCAUUCACGAAGUUCAUACAGAAGAAAACUUACCUAUAAAAUAUCCUCGAAAUUCUCCUGUUGUUCAGAAUGAUGAAAAAAAUUCAAAAAUUCGAUGUAAUUCAACCAGAUUAACUUCAACAAUACGUAGACAACAUCAACGUGAACAAGAUAAAAAUCGUACAAGAACACUGAAUGUAGCAUUCUGUAAUCUACGGGCAUGUCUACCAGAAAUACCAAAGGAUACAAAACUUACAAAAAUUAGAACACUACGUUAUGCAAUAACGUAUAUUCGUCAAUUGAUGGAUCUGCUUCAAGAGACUGAUCCAAUGUUCACUACAUCAAGUCUGAUGUUCAGCGGUACAAACAAUUCAUUGAAAAUGGAGCCUGAAUAUGAUCAAUUAUCAAUGAAGGACAGUGGAUAUCUCAGUUUUAUGGAUAGAUAAUUGACAAUACUAUGCUUAUUUCUUAUUUUCCUG